AUGUUAGCGGUGGGGGCGAUGGAGGGCCCCCGGCAGAGCGCGUUCCUGCUCAGCAGCCCGCCCCUGGCCGCCCUGCACAGCAUGGCAGAAAUGAAGACCCCACUGUACCCCGCCGCCUACCCCCCGCUGCCCGCCGGCCCCCCCUCCUCCUCGUCCUCCUCAUCCUCCUCGUCGUCGCCCUCCCCGCCUUUGGGCGCCCACAACCCGGGCAGCCUGAAGCCCCCGGCCGCGGGGGGGCUCUCGGCCCUGGGCAGCCCCCCGCAGCAGCUCUCGGCCGCCACCCCGCACGGUAUCAACGACAUCCUGAGCCGGCCCUCCAUGCCUGUGGCCUCAGGGGCCGCCCUGCCCUCCGCCUCGCCCUCCGGGUCCUCUUCAUCCUCCUCUUCCUCGUCCACCUCCGCUUCGGCUGCUGCGGCCGCAGCCGCAGCGGCGGCCGCCGCCGCCUCGUCGCCCGCGGGGCUCCUGGCCGGCCUGCCCCGUUUCAGCAGCCUGAGCCCGCCGCCGCCGCCGCCCGGGCUCUACUUCAGCCCCAGCGCCGCGGCGGUGGCCGCCGUGGGUCGGUACCCGAAGCCGCUCGCCGAGCUGCCCGGACGGACGCCUAUCUUCUGGCCGGGAGUGAUGCAGAGCCCACCCUGGAGGGACGCCCGCCUGGCCUGCACCCCUCAUCAAGGAUCCAUCUUGUUGGACAAAGACGGGAAGAGGAAACACACGAGACCCACAUUCUCGGGCCAGCAGAUCUUUGCCCUGGAGAAGACUUUCGAACAAACGAAAUACUUGGCGGGGCCCGAGAGGGCUCGCUUGGCCUAUUCUUUGGGGAUGACAGAGAGUCAGGUCAAGGUCUGGUUCCAGAACCGCCGGACCAAGUGGAGGAAGAAGCACGCAGCCGAGAUGGCCACGGCCAAGAAGAAGCAGGACUCGGAGACCGAGCGGCUGAAAGGGGCCUCGGAGAACGAGGAGGAGGACGACGACUACAACAAGCCCCUGGACCCCAACUCGGACGACGAGAAAAUCACGCAGCUGCUGAAGAAGCACAAGCCGACCGGCAGUGGCGGCGGCGGCGGCGGCGGGCUCCUGCUGCACGCGUCCGAGGCCGAGGGCUCGUCCUGA